ACGAACCUGAGGUCUCUCAGCUCCAACUUCAGCUGCUCCUGUUUCUUUAUAUUUAUGCUUGUCCGCCUGUCCCCGCAUACCUGGGUCCCAGACUCCUCCCGCCUCUCUCCUUUUCCUGGUCCACGGACCAUUGCCAACCUGCCUUCCUGCCUACGUAGCAAUUGAGGUCCUGUCACCCCACCAAGACUAACCUGAUACCCCGCCAUCAUGGUGCAUAUUGGAGAGCCGACGCCUGAGGAACUGGCCUCCCUCAAGGAGAGAUACACCAAAACGGGCCAGGAACAUGUCUUUACCUUCUACGAGUCGCUUUCCGGCGCCGAGAGAGCCGCCCUCUAUCAACAACUCUCUCUCUUUGACCCCACAUACAUCCAGGAGAUCACGGAUAAGGCGCUUAACCCGCCCAAGACCGACGAUGGCAGGUCCAAGGUGGCCUCGUUGGAGCCUCUCCCAGAGUCGGCCACCGCCAGCAUAAUGGACUCCAGGCCCGAGGACAUCUCGAAAUGGUACAGCUCUGGCCUCGACCUGAUUGCGCAGAACAAGGUCGCCGUCGUCCUCAUGGCCGGCGGGCAGGGGACUCGGCUGGGCAGCUCGGCGCCCAAGGGGUGUUAUGACAUUGGUUUGCCGUCCGAGAAAUCCCUCUUCCAGAUCCAGGCCGAGCGCAUCCACAAGAUCGAGCAGCUAGCUGCCGAGAAGGUCGGCGCCGGCGCCGGCGCCGAAGCCUGCGUGCCUUGGUACGUCAUGACGUCAGGCCCGACGAGGGGGCCGACGGAGAAGUUCUUCGAGGAGAACCAGUACUUUGGCCUGAAGAAGGAAAACGUCAUCAUCUUCGAGCAGGGCGUGCUGCCCUGCAUUUCAAACGAAGGGAAGAUCCUGCUGGAGUCCAAGGGCAGGGUGGCUGUGGCUCCCGAUGGGAACGGGGGCAUCUACCAGGCCCUGGUGGUCUCCAGGGCACUGGAGGAUAUGCGGCGGCGCGGGAUCGAGCACAUCCACGCGUACUGCGUCGACAACUGCCUCGUCAAGGUCGCCGACCCGGUCUUCAUCGGCUUCGCCGCGGCGAAGGAUGUCGACAUCGCGACCAAGGUGGUGAGGAAGCGCAACGCCACCGAGUCGGUCGGGCUGAUCGUCCUCAAGAACGGCCGUCCGGACGUUGUCGAGUACAGCGAGAUCGACAAGGAGACCGCCGAGGCCCAUGACCCCAAGCAGCCGGGCGUGCUGAAGUUCCGGGCCGCCAACAUCGUCAACCACUACUACUCGUUCCGCUUCCUCGACACCAUCCCGUCAUGGGUCAAGAACCUGCCGCACCACAUUGCCCGCAAGAAGAUUCCUUACGCAGACGUGACCAGCGGCGAGACGGUCAAGCCGGAGAAGCCCAACGGGAUCAAGCUGGAGCAGUUCGUCUUCGACGUCUUCCCGAUGCUGGAACUGGAGAAGUUCGCCUGCAUGGAGGUGAGGCGGGAGGACGAGUUCAGCCCUCUCAAGAAUGCAAGGGGCACCGGCGAGGACGAUCCCGACACGAGCAAGCGCGAUAUCAUGGCGCAGGGCAAGAGGUGGGUGCAGGCCGCGGGCGCGACCAUUGUGGACAAGGAACCCGAAGCAGGGAUCGAAGUGAGCCCGCUGAUAAGCUAUGGAGGAGAGGGUCUUGAGAACUUCAAGGGAAAGACCGUUGCCGCGCCAUCAGUCUUGGCGUAGAUGAAAAACCGUGGUUUAGGAUGUAGGGCUAGCAAUAAGGGAAAGGGCAUGGCGUUACGAUAGCAUCGUGAUGUAGAGGAUUUGGUCAAAGAAAGGAUUAGACAUGUGGCCGAGGGCGUGUGUGACCCGUCUGUUGGACUUUUUACUUUACUGGAGAUUUACCGUUCUUGAAAGUAAAAACCUUGAAUGACACAAAUGGAAGUCAAUUUUGCCUGAUAUAAUGCACCGCAAUGCCAGACCUAUCCAUAAACGCCUUGUCUGACCCUGACGCUGGCUCCAGGUAGAACGUCCGAAUCUAUAGCGGAUUGUACAGUACAUCCCAUGACGAAAUGAUCUAAAC